CACGCGCGCGCCUUUCACAUCAGCAGUGUGUGUUCAUGUGUGUGUGGAGCAAAUGUUGUGUGUUGUUUAAAUUCCGGACUGAUUUCAGAGCGUGCUGAAUGAGUUUGUGAUGCUUUGAUCAGUCCUCAUCAUGUCUCACACCGAAGUUGAAAUCCCUGGACGUGGUUAUGAAUUAGAGGACGACUGUCUCUCUAAAGUGUCAGUUCUGCGGACGCCCUCCCUGAGCGCGAGGAGAAACUCGUAUGUGCUCCACAAACUCAGCGUGGAUAUUGACUCGCACAUCUAUAAUACACAACUCUCCAAAGCGCUUUCAUGGUCUGCUGAAAACAUUUUAAUAUCAGAUAGGACAGAAGAGGACAAAACAGACCCUCCGUCUCCAGAUUCACCGUCUCCAAUCUCCAGCCCAGAGUCUACCACCCCCAAUCCCAGUUCAUCACCUCCAGAAGACUGGAGAAGGUCUGUUCAGACGCCACUGUCCCCUGUUACCCAGGGUGGCAGUUCAGAUUCAGACAAUGAAGCGCCCAAGGUCGAGCAGGUUGUUUCACGCCGCCCGUUUUUAAGCAGACUGGAACAGGAUGAAAAAGAGGAAAUUGAGACCAAAGCUGUGGCCACUUCGCCAGAUGGAAGAUAUCUCAAAUUCAACAUUGAAAUUGGGAGAGGGUCAUUCAAGACGGUCUACAAAGGUCUGGACACAGAGACCACUGUGGAGGUGGCAUGGUGCGAGUUACAGACUCGAAAACUGACAAAAGUGGAGAGACAGCGCUUCAGCGAAGAGGUUGACAUGCUAAAGGGUCUUCAGCAUCCAAACAUUGUGCGCUUUUAUGACUCAUGGAAGUCCAAUGUGAAGGGUCACAAAUGUAUCCUGCUGGUCACUGAGCUCAUGACGUCUGGCACUCUAAAAACGUAUCUGAAGCGCUUUAAGGAAAUGAAACUAAAGCUUCUACAGAGGUGGAGUCGUCAGAUCUUAAAAGGACUUCAUUUCCUGCAUACACGCACCCCUCCCAUCAUCCACAGGGACCUGAAGUGUGACAAUAUCUUCAUCACAGGACCCACAGGAAGUGUGAAGAUUGGUGACCUUGGACUGGCCACACUCAAAAGAGCAAGUUUUGCAAAGAGUGUGAUAGGAACGCCAGAAUUCAUGGCUCCAGAAAUGUAUGAGGAGAAGUAUGAUGAGGCGGUGGAUGUCUACGCAUUUGGCAUGUGCAUCUUGGAGAUGACCACAUCGGAAUAUCCAUACUCGGAGUGCCAAAACGCAGCCCAAAUUUACCGCAAAGUCACCAGCGGAAUAAAGCCUGACAGUUUCUACAAAGUGAAAGUUCCGGAGUUAAAGGAAAUUAUUGAAGGCUGUAUCCGCAUGAACAAAGAUGAAAGGUAUACCAUCCAAGACUUGCUGGAGCACACAUUCUUCCAGGAGAACAACGGUGUUCACGUUGAAUUGACUGAGGAAGACGAUAUGGUCAAAUCCAGUCUCAAACUGUGGCUUCGUAUGGACGACACCAAGAAGCUCCAUGGGAAGUACAAGGACAACAAUGCAAUCGAGUUUCUGUUUGAGCUCUACAAAGAUGUGCCAGAGGAGGUGGCGCAGGAGAUGGUGAUUCUGGGAUUUGUAUGUGAGGUGGACUACAAACUGGUGGCCAAGGCGAUGCGAGAUCGCAUAACGGCCAUCAAACGCCAGCGUGAGAAACAUCGAAGGCUGGCAGAAGAGAAGCAGCAGAGGAAAAAGGAGGAAAUCAUUCAGGAGGAAUCUGAGCCACGAUCGCCAAAACACAUUGGUCAGAUGCCUGAGACCCUGACCCCGCCUCCUGUGCAAAUUCUGCCCACUCCUCUAGUCUCUGAAUCCAUGUGCUCUCCUGUUAUUGGCUCAUCUGAUUUUGGGCUAAAUGGAACGUUCCCACCAGAGCCAGAAGAGCCAGAGGCCGACCAGCACUUCCACAUCCAGCAUACAAGCUGCUCGUCAGCAACCUCUGACUGUGAGACUGAUGGAUAUCUCAGCCCCUCGGGUUUACAAGAUGGUAUAGAGCUUUCCAAUGGCAACAUCGUAAGCUCUCCAGUCCCCUCCACACCACAGGCCACACCCCCGGAAGUCAGGUCCAUCCCCACCCCACCAAUCCCAGCUCUUCGCUUCCCCUCAAGUAUCGCCGUGUCUACCAAAACUGAGAGCGGACCGCUUAGCCCUUUCUCCUCACCUGUGGACAGUUAUGCUUCCGACGUGACCUCAGGCUUGAGUGAUGGUUACGAGGGCCAAUCAGAGAGAGGGGAUAAGAUAGCAGCCAGACGGACAGCGGGGAAACUGUUUAGGAGGAGGAGCCGGUCCCGCCUACGCAUUACAGGGCUGUCUGAUAAAGUCGACCGAGUGGUUGAGUGUCAACUACAGACCCAUAAUGACAAGAUGGUCACCUUCAAAUUUGACCUUGAUGGUGACAAUCCUGAAGACAUUGCUGCUGUUAUGGUGCAUAAUGAGUUCAUCUUGCCCUCAGAGAAGGAGGGCUUUAUUUACCGCAUCCGUGACAUCAUUAAACGGGCAGAGUCUCUGUUGAGGAAAGAUUCCUCAGGCCAACAUGAGAGCUUUGGAGUCAUCCGUCCAUCUCAUCUUAAUACCAUCAACUCUCUUUCUAAUUCCCAGCCAAACCUCCACAGUCUGGAACGAACCCACUCGUCUUCCUCACCAGCCGAGUUUGUUCUGAGUGCUGGGGCACGUGCCUCUCCUCCGGGAGUCAGUGGAGACAUUACCUCACCCCCACGCCCACUCUUGCGUUCACAGUCUUUCCAUAAUGCUCCAGGUUCUCCUCAUCCACAUCGUUUUCCAUCAGCUUUAGCCUACAGUCCUGAUCCCAGAAUGCCUCAUUCCAAACUACCUCACAUGCAGCAAUACAGGCCGUCGUAUAUGAACAACGUCUCACAUUUUAACUUCCCGUACCCACCUCACCCAGGCUCCCCCAAACCCACCCAUGCACCUCUGUCCCGUGUACACAGUAACCCCACAUACUCCCUCUCCGCUCCAGCAUCUACUAUAGGCUCUCCCAGUCCCCUCAGUUCAGACAUCUCAAGUCCCCUGUUGUCCCCCUCUCCGACGCCUGCUCACACGCCUCCAUUGUGGCCACCCCACACUCAACCCCUGUUUUCCCUGGCUAAUGUGCUUUCAAUGGCCAUGAGCAUGGCACAUUCGUUUAUGCCCUCCCCGAGCCUGGCACAGGCCAUGCCAUCUAUGGUACAGAGCAUACCUCCCCUUCCAGGCUACCAACCUCAGCUGACACCCCAACCUGGUUAUCCAACAAUGUAUGCGUCUCAGUAUGCCCCACCUGUACCAGGAGAUGAGGCGUACAACACAGCGAUGACUGAGUAUUACCAGACCAUCAAUUCCCAACUUCAGAAUCAGGACACUGGAUUCUCACCUCCUCCUCAAGUUACUCCAACGUCUACUUCGACCAGCGGCGUUCCCAUUUCUGCCCAUCAGACAGCCUUUACUGUUUCCCAGCAGGGAAUGCUGGGAAGCUCACAGUAUAUACAGGAAUCCUCAAAGGAAUAUUCUCUGGCUUGUGGAUACAGACCAGCUUUCCCAAGGCACUCGCUAGACCAGCGGACCAGCCCCGGCUCUUCAUCUGGCCUGUCGUCUUCGCCACAAACCAGCCUAGUGAGCAAAGUAUCGUCAUCCAGUCCUAGAUCACUGUCCCCCCCUGCAACACCCGAGAGUACCAGAGGGCCUCAAUGCCAAGAAAUCUCAUCAUCAUCUGAAACAAAGUCUACUGUGACUGUGGGCCGUUUUCAAGUGUCCCCCAGUAAAGCAAUUCCUACCCCAGCCACACACACAAACAGUGGAAAACCACCACCAACCCUCAUCAGGUCUCUGGACCAGCCUUCGUCCUCUUUUGUAGCUCAUGAGCAAAAUCCUCCAGGAGAAAACAACGAGAACGUCUCUACCUCCAGUGAAACUUCACGUAAUUCAUCAAGUUCUGUUAAACAGCCUGAGAUGCAGAGCAAUCGAAAAUCGGAUCAGGAUGGACAGGUUAAUCAGGAGCAAAAGGAAAAAGACAAUGAUGAAAUCCCUUUAGAUAAGAAACACAGAAGGAAGAAGGUUCGCAGAGUGGAUUGUGGGACAGGUCUUUUGGGGACAUCGCUGGACAGUGGUUUUUCCGUGGCCUUGGACCCAAAUGGAAGGGCAUGGGAUGGCAACACAGGCAGCCCUCCGUAUCACAGUCCUCUCAACAACCUCUGGAUGAGUUACACACGGAGCUCCUCCUACCUGAGCAGUGACGAAUCAGAGAGUGAGGAUGAUGAGAUGUGGGGGGAGCUACAUGAUCUUAGGGAGAAGCAUAUGUGUGAGGUUCAGAGUCUUCAGGCGGUGCAGAAGCGAGAGCUAGAGGAACUUUAUUCCAAGAUGGGGAAGGUUCCUCCCCCCUGCAUCGUAUCCCCAGCUGCUAUACUCUCCAGCCGCCAGCGCCGACUGUCUAAAGGAGGAAAUUUCCCUUCAUCUCGUCGCAACAGCCUUCAGAGACUGGAUAUUCUCCCUUUGACAGGGAUCAUGAGGAAAAAUUCCCUGAGCGGCAACAGUAGCAGUAGUUCCGAGGAGGGUUCACGGCCUACUAAAGGAGUGACGUUUGCUCCUGAUUUUACUAGAAUGUAAAUCUUUAGCCUCUUUCAUUGGUGGAACUACGUUAGACUACCUCCUUCAUUUGUGAUCAACCCUGCCACACCUGCUAGACUGAAGCAGAACAAUCUUUGGACAACCAGCCGCAGACUUUCUUAGCUGAUACAAGUCCUGGAAGUGGUGCCCGGUGAUCUGGUCACAGGGUCAUGCCACAUUGGCUUGGACUGAGCACAUGCUUGAGCGACUGAGCGACUGUGUUAGUCUCAACAAGCCUCUCAUCAAAUACAAUACAGUUAGCACUGCAAAGAAAAGCUAUAUCAUAUACUGAUAUUAGAUAACAGGAUAAAGAGCAGAAAUGAUUAUACAGCUUGUAAUAUAUGAUGCACAGGUUCUUAAACCUACAUUGCUGUGUGAUUUUAACCUUCUGACAAGGUUUUCGUCAUACUGAUGAUAGUACAAAUGCCUUAUUUUGCUUCAUUCUGUGAAUAGCCAAAUGAUUGGGGAGUCUCUGCUGUUACGUGGUGUUGUUACCAUGGCAAAUUCAGUGAUGUAAUGUGACAUGGCAUGAGGUCUCUGUGUGAUAUCUCUGAAUGCUCAUUUAUGGCUCAGCACUGAAUAUAAUUUCUUAUUAUCUCUUGCACUUUCUAAAGAAACUCCCUGGACAUGCACCCAGUGAGCCCUGAACGCGCAUGUAUCCACAAUCCACUGUUGGAUCAGUCCUGCUGUUUCUAUUCUACUGCCUGCGCUUGAUUUGGAACAAAAUAAUCACAGUAAUCACUAUAAACUUGGUUCAUUUACAUUUAGGCAUUUGGCAGACGCUUUUAUCGAAAGCGACUUACAUUGCUUUACUCUAUACAUUUUACAUAGGUAUUUGCAAUCCCCUGGGAUCGAACCCACAACCAUGCAUUCAUCUGAUCCGUAAACUGUUCGAUAUUUCAGUUUUACUUUUAUUAUUUGUUGUUUAUUUAAUUUUUUUAUCAAAGGCUGUCAAGAUCCUUUUAUGACAAUUUUAAUGUGAAUUUAAUGUGAUGUAUGUAUUUCGAGGGUGUCCCAAACCGUAUUUGGAUGCUAAAAUCACACUUAAAAAUGUAAGAAUAAUUUUACAUUAUACUCAAAUAUCAAGCAUUUACCCUAAAAACCCACACGGACAUAGAAAGAACACGCAAACUCCACACAGAAAUGGCUCCUGUUCCUGAACAAUAAACUGUUUAAAAAGAAUACACAAAGUCCUUAUUGACUUUAUAGACCCACAAAUAUUUAAAAAACCUUUGGAUCCGUUGUAUAGUGUAAUUGUAAAAUGUUAUAUUUUGUAGCUAAUGAAAACUCAUUGAAAAUGUUUGACAUAAGUGUCCUAAUACUUUUGGGCACCACUGAAUAUUAUUUGUUUGAGAUUUCUAUUCCCAUAGAUGUAGUUUGCUACUUAACCUUGAAGCGGCUCGAUUGUUUAAAAACAAAGCUUAUCCCUACAUCUAUACAUUACAUAUGAAGAGUUUGGUUGCAAAAUGAGAAAACAUUUUCAAAAAAAAUGUUUUUUAUUCUGUUUUCAUGUUUAGUUAUUGUAUUGAGUGAUUUUGGCUUAAAUCAAAACAAACCAACUGCAGUUUGAUUGAUAUUAAUUGGAAUGUACAAUAAAAAACAUGAUUUUUUUUAAAAAUCUUAAACGGAGUUAUCUUAUUUUGGAACCAAACUCUUCAUAUAUAUUUUUGGUGUCUUGUAUUAUUUUGACUUUAGACCAUAGAUUAAUGUAUUAAUUUAAUUGUGUAAUGUAUUAAUUUCUUAAUGCACCAAAAUAAAAAGCAAAAAACAUUUUCAAUGUAAAAUAUUCAAAAAUAUUGAAUAAAAAAUAUACAGGUAUACAUAUAUAAAUAUGCACACUGCACUUUGCAUAUCCAUAUGGUUUCAAGUUUCAUUGUGAUGGCCUGUCAAAAUAAGAACAGUACAAAAUCAUUAACAUCUAAUGUUUACUAAGGGCAGUUUAUGAAAAUAUUUUUUUGUAUUGUCAGUGAUCUAUAAAACCCAAUAUACAAGGUAGACUUAGAGAACAUUUCGUUUUUAAUUAACUUAGCAGAGUUCCCUACUUCAAUAAUAUUCAAGAGGAAUUCUGAGUGUGAAAAUCUAAAACAGAUGGUAUUAAAACUACGUUGCAUAAAACAGGCUUAGUAGAUUUACGUGUUUGUCAUGCAUAACACCUUUCUAUGAAGAAUUGAACACGGUGAAGUGUAGUUUCACAUGUACAUAUGCUGACAGGUUUUGUAAAAACAAAACAACAUAUUCAUAACUGUGAAAAUGUAUGAAUUAUAUGUACACAGACCACACUGCUGGAAAAAGUAUUGCAAACAAAAACACAGUUAACAUGUUUCAGAUUGAGGCGAGUGACUUUAUUGCGUUAUACUGACCUGAUUGCUUCUUUCUGCAAUGCAACCCAUUGUGCUUUCUUUUUCAGAUCAUGUAUAAUAUUCUAAACCAUGUUUGUACAUUAAAUUCAAUAAAUUUAAAUAAAACCA